GUAGCUGGGAAAGUGAUAAACCAUUAGCUUUUUCAUAUGCGUAUGCACCAUCUGUAAUGUAGUUAGUUUUUAGUUUUUAGACGUGUAAGCAGUGUUUCCAUAUAGAAGAUCCAUGGCAAUGCUUUGAUAUGUCAUGUCAAGGAUAACCGGUCCUAUAUGCAGUAAAUGUGACAUAUUUCAUUGCUAUAAUCUUGUUAAAUUAUUCUCCUGUUCCAUUUUCAGACAUGACAAAAAUAACCUUCUCAACCAGUACUUCUUCCCGCACAUUGCUACCCCACAUGACCUAGUUUUAAUAUUCUCAGUGCCAGAACAGCACAAAUAGAUUUUUUCCCCUCUCCUCAUUUCCCCCCCAUCCACAUUGGAUAUAGCUUUAAUAGGAUUAUUGGUUCUGUUAUCUAUUUUAUGAUCUCUCAGGAGGUUGUCCUAGUUGUGGUGAGUUGUAAAUAAAAUGUAUGUAGCACUGCUAAAGAACCCAAAAGUUUGAAGGACCUUCUUCCCUGCUGGGUGGAGGUGUCCACUUAAUUAAUCGGCUUUGUCAGGCCUGUUAAAGCUCACCAUGCCGCGGCUCUCAAUCCCAUUAAAGUGACCUUGGAGGAGGUGAGAGCAGCUUAGCGCAUGGCUUCCCCCCAUGGGGAACACGAGCGCCCCACACUCUCUGGGGAGACUCAGCCUCAACCGCUCCUCUAACCAGACAAUCCAUUUCCCCACUCAGGAUGGGAACUCAUUGAGCUUCUGGUUCAUUUCAGGAAAGCAUCGGACAUGACAAGCUUGGGUCUCCCCUCUCCCUGGGUAGUGGAAUGUGACAGUUGCCUCAGGAGACAAUGGCACAGCGGAUUGUUUGCACCAUGAUGGUGAGGAUUCUUCUCCUCGGUUCCGUCAUGGCCCUGGAUGUCCUUGGGAAACCAAAGUUUCCUGAUGAAGAGAAGAAUCCGUCGUUCUGGAACAUGUGGGCACAGCGCUCACUGAAGCAGGCCCUGCAGCUACAGGAGCUCAACAAGAAUGUGGCCAAGAACAUCAUCCUCUUCCUCGGGGAUGGAAUGGGAAUUCCUACUGUGACGGCAGCACGGAUCCUCAAAGGCCAGCUGAGCGGCCAGAGCGGGGAGGAGUUCCAGAUGGAAAUGGACAAAUUCCCCUAUGUGGCGCUGUCCAAGACGUACAACACUGAUGCCCAGGUGCCGGACAGUGCAGGCACAGCCACAGCCUACCUCUGCGGGGUCAAGGCCAACGAGGGGACGCUGGGGUUGAGCGCAGCUGCCGUGAGGUCACAGUGCAACACCACCCAAGGCAACGAGGUCACCUCCAUCCUCAAAUGGGCCAAGGAUGCAGGAAAGUCAGUGGGAAUCGUCACGACGACGCGCAUCAAUCAUGCCACACCCAGUGCUGCCUAUGCCCACUGUGCCGACCGCGACUGGUUCUCUGACAACGAAAUGCCCCCGGAGGCAGUGGAUGCUGGCUGCAAAGACAUCGCCAGACAGCUCUUUGAGAAUAUCCCGGAAAUCGAUGUGAUUAUGGGUGGAGGCAGGAAAUACAUGUUCCCCAUGGACACGCCGGAUGUGGAGUACCCCACGGAGAAACAGCACUUUGGCACACGGAAAGAUGGCAGGAACCUGGUCAGGGAGUGGAAGGAACGGAUGAAAGAGAAAAGGGCCCAUUAUGUCUGGAACAAGAAAGAACUUCUUUCUCUCAACCCCAGCAAGGCAGACUACAUUCUUGGUCUGUUUGAGCCAUCUGACCUUCCAUACAACCUGGAGAGAAACAAAGAGACAGACCCAUCACUCACAGAGAUGGUGGACGUGGCCCUGAAAAUCCUCAAGAAGAACCCCAACGGAUUCUUCCUGCUGGUGGAGGGGGGGAGGAUUGACCAUGGUCACCAUGAUGGCAAAGCCAAGCAGGCGUUGCAUGAGACAGUGGAAAUGGACCGUGCCAUUGGCCGGGCAGGCCUGCUCACCAGUACCCACGAGACCCUGACCGUUGUCACGGCGGACCACUCACACGUCUUCAACUUCGGAGGCUACACGCGACGAGGGAACAACAUCUUUGGAUUGGCUCCAAUGAUGAGUGAUAUUGACCAGAAACCCUUCACAUCCAUCCUUUACGGGAAUGGCCCAGGCUUCAAGCUGAUCGACGGCCUGAGAGAGAACGUCUCCACAGUGGACUACCAGCAAAACAACUACCAGGCCCAGUCGGCCGUGCCCCUGCGCUUCGAGACCCACGGCGGGGAGGACGUGGCAGUCUUCUCCAAGGGCCCGAUGGCCCACCUGCUCCACGGAGUGCAGGAGCAGAACUACAUCCCCCACGUCAUGGCCUACGCUGCCUGCGUGGGGCAGAACCACGAGCACUGCGGCUCGUCCUCGAGCUCCGCCGUCAGCCCCAGGCCCAGCCCGGCCACCACGGCCAUAUCCACGCUGGCUGCAGCGCUCACGCUAGCCUGGCUGCACUGCUGACAGCCCUGUCUGUCAAAAGCUCCCUCCCUUCCCUCCCUCCCUCCCUAUCUCCACAGCAGAGAAAUAGGGAGGGAGGCAUUAGUGUGCACUGUGCAUCCACUGUGCACUUUCACACACAAAGACACACACACACACACACACACACACACACACACACACGCACACAUGGAUAUACAGAGACUUACAUAUGCACUGACGCGAAGACACACAUUCACAUUCACACACGCUGAUAUGAACACAUAGACAUGUGCAAACAUAUAGACAUGUGCACACACACACACA